UCAGUUUCGAAUGGAGUAUAUGAAGCAGGCAAACACAUCGGAUUAGAAGCAAGAUACGACCAACAGUCCGGUCUUGGAGUUAAAACAAGAAGAAAUUUAAGGGGGAAGCAAUCAAGUAACUCCGACGUCAGUUCACCGGUUUCCAGCCAUUAGAGUGGUUUCCACAUCAAAGCAUAUGGAUGUUUUAUGGCCGCUCUUCUAGUCCACCUUUUCUCCUCCAAUAAUGAACUAAAAGCACCUUAAUCUUCACAUUUGAUUGCAUCUUGGGCAUUCUUAAACACUCACCUAAAGCCCAUCACCCACAGUAAAUCUGAGGGCUUAUCGUCGUA